GUCCUUGGAAAGACCCUUUCGUGCAAUCGGCCUCAGAUUAACUGUGGCGUACCUGUACCUGUUCUCAAUUGCAUAGGGCCAAUACCUCCACUUGUUUGCUGUCCAGUUUCUUGAUCUGCUGAAGAUUUUGAAAGAAAAUGUGGUUUGCAGAGGCUGAAGAAGUUGUUGAAGUAGUAAGGGGCCAUUUUCCGUGGACAUGUCUUCUCAUUGUUCCGAUUUUGAUCGCAAUUUCGCCUGUUCAUGGAGCUCAUGACUUCACCGCAUAUCGAAUGCAGCAGUUCGACCUGCACGGGUCUCAGUAUGGCUGCAGGAACACCUUGGUCAAUCUGGAAGCUCGGCCAAUAUCAGCUAAGAUGGUCACUAGGAGGUGCAUCCUCGCCAGACUGUCUGAGGUGACCGCUGAUCGUUACAGGGAGUUGAUAGAGCAGGGUGCAGGGGCGUUAGUCAUCUUGCUUCCUGAGUCUUUGACAUCUGCACCACAGGAUGUGCUCAAUCAAUGGAUGGAGUUAGAACCUUUGAUGUUGGAGCAGGAGACAACUAUGCCAGUGUACUUUGCAUCAGAGGAUGAAGAACUAUUGUCCAUUCAUAGUGACAUCCAGCAAGCAGUCAGUGGGGACCAAGCACCAUCAGCUGCACAGGCCCUUCUGAGUGCUGUUUAUGCCAAUGGUUUCCAGAUGGUUGUGUCUGGUUCUCAGGCCAAACCUAUCAAGGAUGGUAAUAUCAUCAGCUUUCAGGGUCAGCUGACAGGGAAGGGUGUAGAAGAUCAGCUUCCAACGUUAGCUGUUGUUGCUCACUAUGAUGCCUUUGGUGCUGCUCCGCAUCUUUCACAUGGAGCAGACUCUAAUGGUAGCGGUGUAGUGGCCUUGUUGGAGUUAGCUAGACUUUUCAGUAAGCUUUAUACCAGCUCUAGAACUCAUGCCAAGUAUAACCUGCUAUUCUUCCUGUCUGGUGGGGGUAAAUUCAACUAUCAUGGAACUAAAAGAUGGAUUGAAGAUCAGCUAGAGAGUCAAGAAUCUUCUCUGUUGAGUGAUGUAUCCUAUGUGAUGUGCCUUGAUACGAUUGGUGCCAGUGAUGAACUCUACUUACAUGUAUCUAAACCACCUAAGGAGGGUUCAGAAUCUCAUCAAAUAUUGCAGGGUCUUGAAAACGUUACCAGGUCCCUGUACCCAUCAAUGAAGUUCAGUAUGGUUCAUAAGCGUAUUAACCUAGCUGAUGAUUGGUUGGCGUGGGAACAUGAAAGGUUUAGCAUGCAAAGACUUCCUGCAGGAACCCUUUCUCAUCUCUCUGCCUAUGACAGUGCCUCAAGGUCUACCAUUACAGAUGAUAGUUCCAGGGUAGAUUCUAAUAAGCUUGCAAGAAAUGUGAAGAUCAUCGCUGAAACUCUUGCUCAUCAUAUAUUUGGUAUAGGAUCCUCAGAUAUGGAGGUCUUUGUCGAUGGAUAUGAUGUGAAUAAGGACUCGAUAGAUUCCUGGAUAAAGUAUUUAUCAUCUGAGCCCAGGUCAGCACAGCUAUUAACCAAAGAUCAACCUUUACUGCAGACACUACAGAGCGCCCUCUCUAGGCACCUCAAAGAUGUCAAACGGCUAACCAUCAAAGCAGAUAAGAGGGAACCUGAGUAUGUUUUCUACGACGGUCUCAAGUUCACUGUGCAUGCUUACAAUGUAAAACCAGCUGUGUUUGACCUGUUCCUGGCUGCGGGCAUAGCAAGCUACCUUGGGCUUAUCUAUCUAACAGUGCAAAACUUCAGCAUGUUGAAGGACACCGUAAGAAGCUACGUUGCCAAGAAACCCAAGAUACACUAGUCAGCAGUGGUACUCUUUAAGCUUUCUAUGACAGUACACAUCAUCUGGGUCUAUUUACACAAGGCUUGUCAAUUGAUCAUACAGUUGAUUUGUUAUGAUGGAUUGCAUAUAAUUAGCAAUGCAAUCGAUCGUGAAAAUCAGCAGAUGAUCAAUCUUUAAACUUUGUGAUACCAGGCCCUGUCUGGAGUCAGAUAGGAAUAGUGUUGACCUAUCUAUACUUGUUGAUAUAUCCUUGAACAUGUAUGGAUGUAAUUGCAUUCUAUUGUUUUAUCUCAGUCUGGCUCUAUACAGAUGUUUUUUAUGUGUGUUUUUCAUUAUUUCAGGUGACUGAAGUCAAUUGCACUAUUAAUGCAUGUUAUAUUGAAGUAUUAUUGUGUUUAAAAAAAGAAGGGUUAUUGUGGUGUGUUUACAAUGAGUGAAAAUAAAAGAAAACUCCAUAUUAUGUUAAUAAUACUGUAUGACUGGCUGGGAUACAGGAGGGGGGGGGGUGAUGAUGUAUUGAUGUAAUGAGAUCCUAUGCAUUAUCCUUAUAUGGGGGGGGGGGUACGUGAUUUUAAUCCUCCAAGGUCCCUCUAUUUCAAAAUAUGGAAAUGUGAAACGUGAGGGAUCCUUUAUUUCAUCAAAGAGGAAGUUGCUUUGUACUUCAUCUUGUGAACAUGCAUUCAUUAUCUUGUGGAAAGUAAUUUGGAAAUGAAAUGAUUACAGUGGUCUCCUGUAUAUUGUAUCCAGAUGAAAGAAUGACGUUGAAUAAUGAAAAGUUUGGUCAUGAACACGGAAUGAUAUUUAUGAGAGCAUGAAUAAAGAAUGUUAAUCAUAAUUGUCCUUGAGGA